CUCCAUGAGAUGACAUGACCUCUGGAAAUUUCUCACUAGUUUGCUAAUUUCUCAGUUACCAAGUGUUUUCUGCAAUCAUGGCUAGGCUAAUUUCAAAGAAUACAUAUGAUACUAUGCAAAGAAUAACUAAUAGCCAGAUGCCAUUUUCAUUUUGUAGAAAAAUAAGCUGUAGAACUUUGUCCUCCUAUACCAAUGCGUACAUGCCCUGUACAUUAUGUACAUCAAAGCAGGAUUUCAAUCUCGGGCAAUUUCUAAGCACCAACAAGAGCAGUAUAGCAUUCAACAGACUCUUCUCUCAAAGUUGCAAGAGAUUGGCCAUCAAAGUUCCAGCCCGUGAAUUUGAUAUCUCAAAAAUACGAAAUAUUGGAAUCAUGGCACAUAUCGAUGCUGGGAAAACAACGACCACAGAGAGAAUGCUCUUCUAUUCAGGCUUUACGCGCAAUCUUGGUGAUGUUGAUGAUGGAGAUACUGUUAUGGAUUACAUGGAACAAGAACGGAACCGCGGUAUCACCAUAACGUCAGCUGCUAUCACAUUCAACUGGAAUGGUCAUAGGAUAAAUCUCAUUGACACGCCAGGGCAUGUGGAUUUCACAGUUGAGGUUGAAAGAGCUCUGAGAGUGUUGGAUGGAGCAGUCACUAUCUUGGAUGCAUCUGCAGGUGUUGAGGCUCAAACUUUGACUGUAUGGCACCAGGCUGAUCAUUACAACAUCCCCAGAAUUGCCUUUGUGAACAAAAUGGACAAAGCUGGUGCCGAUUUUGAAUACUGCUUAUCAUCAAUUAAAGACAAACUGAGAGUCAGUCCUUUAGCGGUUCAAAUUCCAAUCGGAAAAGAACGAACAUUUAGUGGUUUGGUAGACUUAGUUUCUAUGGAAGUUUUAAAAUGGACAACAACAAAAUCCAAACAGUCUGAUGGACUCAAAUUUUCACGGACUCCUGUUGAUAAAGAUAAUCAUGGAGAAUUAUGGGAAAUGGCAAUUGAGGGACGGGCAGCGUUGCUUGAAAAGAUGACUGAUCUCGACGAACAGGUUGCGGACGUGGUUCUUAGCGAUAUUAGUUAUGAUUCUAUUCCUGUGGAAUUGUUAGCAUCGGCAUUGCGGAGAAUCACAGCAAAUCAGACGGCCAUUCCAGUCUUUUGUGGAAGUUCUUUGAAAAAUACUGGUGUUCAGCCUUUGCUGAAUGCCGUCUGCUCAUAUUUGCCUAGUCCAAUCGAACGUCAGCAUGAUUUCACAGACUAUUAUGGAAAAAAUCUUUGUGCUUUAGCUUUUAAAAUUAUUCAUGAUAAACAAAGAGGUCCAUUGACAUUUCUCAGACUCUAUUCUGGCUCAAUGAAAAGUGGAAGUUCCAUCUAUAAUGUAAACCAGAAUUGCACAGAAAAGACGUCACGGCUUUGCCAAGUAUAUGCGGAUGAAUUCAAGGAUAUACCAGAGGCUGAAGCUGGGAAUAUUGUUGUUGUCACUGGAUUAAAAGAUACAAUUACUGGCGAUACCAUUGUCCAAUCCCACCAUGCUUUCAACGAAGUUAAGAAGGCUUACAUAAGUGCCAAUCAGCUGGACCCAGAUGAUGCCGAUUCCACACCAAUCCUGGCUGGUUUGGAUGUCCCCGAUCCUGUCUUUUUCUGCUCUGUAGAACUCCAGUCCUUAUCCCAACAGAAACAGCUUGACCACGCUUUGGCAUGCUUGCAGCGGGAAGACCCCAGCUUUAAAGUGCGGGCAGAUGCUGAUACAGGCCAGACUAUCUUGCUCGGAAUGGGUGAACUUCACUUGGAAGUGAUACAAGACCGUAUUCGAUCCGAGUACGGGCUCGAAGUGGAUCUUGGACCUCUUCAAGUCUCGUACAAGGAGACAGUGUUAGAAUCCAUAAAGGAGACAUUUACUCUUGAUAAAACUAUUGGAGAUCGGAACCACCUUGUGACAGUUAUGAUAUCGCUUCAUCCAGCAGGCAAUGAGCAUGUUCCAAAACAUGUCAAGAUUGUUCAUUCAAAGGAGGUCAACCUGGAGGGAAUGAGGCGGGAUCAUUUGAAAGCUAUUGAGAACGGAGUUCAGUCUGGGUUAAUUCAUGGUCCCAUCCUUGGCUUCCCACUCACUGGUGUUGAGGUUCAUCUUCACGACUUCUCUAUUGGUCGAGGCACAUCUCUCGCCAUGGUUACUGCAUGUACAGCGGAAUGCAUACAGAGGGCAGCUAAAAAAGUGGAAUCCUGUAUGAAAGAACCCAUGAUGGACUUGGAGAUAACUACCAGUGAAAGUAUGGUACAUUCUGUUCUUGGCGAUUUAUCAUCAAGACGAAGUCAGAUUUAUGACGUCACUGAACAUCUUGACAACAAGGUCAUCUUAGCCAGAACGCCCCUGUCUGAGAUGAUGGGAUACUCUACAGCUCUGCGGACGAUCACCUCAGGGACGGCUUCAUUUACGAUGGAACUAGCUUGCUAUGAAAGAAUGACUUUAGCAGAGCAAACAAAGGCUGUGACUAUAUUAACUGGUUUCACGCACUAAAUCCCGAUCGGUGCUGAAGCAAACUGAGCUGCUAUCAGAACAAUAGAUCAUUAAAAACAUUUUUGAACUGGUUUCACUUAAGUUGAUUUGUACAGCUUGCAAAGUCACUGUUAAGAUCGCCAGUGUUGCAAUGACACGUUGACUCCCUCCAUUAAAGGAGCCAUUACACUUAAAUGGUAGCUACGAUCUUGAAAGAGGUGAAUUUUGAGAGGAUGAUCAUGAAAAUAAGCGUGGAGACACUGCAUUGAGAAAGAAAAGAGAGCGGAUGAUUGGUCCUCAGGAAGCUCCUCAACACUGGGCGAGAAUCGUGUACUUGUACUACUAUUUGGAGACAUAGAUUUGAUUGACGUAGCGAUGUAUGAAAUGUUUGUUU